AUGGCGGCGGCGGCGGCCGCGAGGCCGGGAGGGGCAGGGGCGCCGCAGCAGCUGGUCAAGUCGGGAGCCGUCUCAAGGGGAUACAAUUUUGCCUCCACUUGGGAACAGGUGAGCGACCGUCUCCUUUCCCAGGCGGAUGUGUCGAGAAUUUUUUUCGUUUGUGCUUCUGUCUUCUGCCGGAACUCGUGGUCUUCAAUCGGAUCCUGGUGGAAAGAAUAUGUGUCGGUGAUCUGUUGUCUGCUACGUGGAGCGGUGAGAUCCGAGACAAUUCAGAGUGAAUGGGAAAGAUUGAGAAAAGAUAAACUUGCGCGGACGGAUGGUGUUGCUUAGACGCAUCUCUCUUUGAAUGGUGAGAUCAGUCCAUGGUAGGAGCUGGAUUGAGAGGCUUGUAUCCUUUUUUCAAUUUAGCCAGAGUUUUGUAACUUCUGCUGGAUGUGGAGGUUCGAUGUAGAGAAAAUUCUACAUCGAACCUCCACAUUGUAACUUUCAGAAACAGCUCUCGGUAACAAAAUGACGGCACGAAGAUUAAGACAUCAACAUUGUAUCACGACAAUUUGUAUCUUGAUCAUGUGACUAUUUCAUACCUUUUUUCGUCCUUCAUGCUGUUAAAAUUCCAUUAUAUUUUUUUUAUCAUCAAAUAUAACAUUCUGCUUUUUCCAACUUGUUCUUUGUCUUUCUGGUAAUUAAACGGAAAUAUUAUUUUUCAAUCAUCUUUUUACAGAAUGCUCCAUUAACAGAGCAACAGCAAACAACGAUUAUAUCACUAUCUCACGCUAUUGCUGAGCGUCCCUUCCCAGAGAAACUGGUAAGGCCAUGCAGAAGUUCAGCCUGUCUAGGUUGAAUGAUUUUUCUUUAUUUCGAGGUUCUUCUCUUCCAAAAAUUCGACUGAUUUUUUUUUCUUAAUAGUGCUUUGAUUUUUGAGCCGUAGAUGACUUGAAUUUUUUGAUUCAUUAAUAAAGAGUACUGGUUGCAUUAUUGACGAUUUAUUAAUAAUUAAUGCAGUCCCAAGAGCAGACCACGGGAGACACUAAUAAUUUGUCUGGCUCCCCCAGCAAUGGAACUUCAGAAGAUUCUGGUGCUAUAGAUGCAGUUUUAGUCAGCACUCAUGAGGUUUGUUAGAAAAUUUAAUAUUAACUAGGAUAACUUUAUACUUUAUAAGACCAUACAAGUUAGUCAAAGUUAGACAUUGUAGGCAUGCAUCUUCCAGUUAGAGAUAAUGAAAAUUUUGUUUCACUUUCCUUGCUCAAGUUUUUAUGCUAAAACUACCCAGCAGCAAUGCUGUAUCCGUUUUAUUACAUAUGGCUUCCUUUUCAAUAUCAAUGUGACAUGGUUGAAGGAUUUAUUUAAUUAGGUGUAUCCAUUUUAAUGCCAUUUACUCGCCCUUUUCAGAAGUAAUGAUUAGUCAUAAUGAUGUGAAGAUGGAUAGUGAGAUCAUGCUUUAGUUGGUAUGAGGAAAGCUUAGGAUGAAACAGUUUUGGCGGAGAGAAAUGAGUUGGGGAUCCCUCAUCUCUUGGUGAUUGUGUCUGAGGAUGCUCUGACUCAACAGUUGGCAACCGUUCCUGAUGGCUUGGAUGGAGUGCCCGCUGUACAAUAUGGAGGAUGAUAUUUGUGUUUUUGAAAGUGGACAGUUCUGCGAAAUUCAUAAGGUCAAAAACAUGAGAUACAAGGCUAUACAUUGUAUAGUCAACUCUCGAAAUGCUAUCAAUUGUUACACAGAAGUUGGAGACAAAAUCUAUGUUCUCAAAGCAGUCAAAAUGGAAGAAUCACGUCCUUGUUCGCCACAAAAUCACUUGUGCAUUAGUUUACCCUUGAGAAUAUAAGGAUAAAUACGUUAUCAUUAGACUAAUACCUGUGUCUAAAUCUGAUGUUUCAUUGAGGAAUGAUGAGAAGUCAUUGUACAAUGUAUUUCGGAAUUUUUUGUGUAUAUUUCUGGGCAGCUUUUCCUCUAUUCCUUGUGUAGUUUCCUUCUCUACCAAGAUUAUUCCGUGUGAUCCUCAGUUUGUGUUACUCCGUAUAAUUUUGUAUAAUGCGUGGUGUUGGCAAGAUCCUCCUAAAAUUAACAUGAAACAAGUGUAUCUUCCUGUUUGCUCAUUCUGGAGGUUCGUGAUUACCUCACUUUUCCCACCAUCAUGAUUUGCUUAAGUGCUUUUACAUGUGAUAUCAUGCAAACAUUUUAACAAUUUCAUAAAGUAAGUUGUCUGGUGGGUUUUCUCUUUUUACUCAAGCGUCUUUUAAAUUUCCAAAAGAGUGAAGAUAAACCGUUCAUAGUUUUUUGAUACAACAUGGUACAGCAUUGCUCAUUAUUUUUGAUAUACCUUGCAGUUCUACAAAUGGUUCACAGACUUGGAAUCUAUAAUGAAGUCAGAGGUUUGUAGAUUAAAAAAAAUGUUUUUAAACUAAUGUUUAGGAUGACCAGCAUGGUUCACAAAUACUGAUUGUUUUCCUUUUCUACUUACAGACGGAGGAAAAGUAUUGUCAUUAUGUGAAUACAUUGACUGAACGCAUGGAGAUAUGUGAUGGAAUUCUCCAUCGGGUAUGGUGUCCUCUAUUCCCUAAUCUAUAUGUGCCGGUUUCUGUCUGAAUUUCAUAAACCUGGUUGAGUCGAUAUGCAAAUUUACCUGUUCGUAAUUCGUUACACUUUUCAUCACAUUGACGGGAGUAACUUUGGCAUGCAGGUGGAUGACACUCUCAAUCUAUUUGAUGAAUUGCAACUGCAGCACCAGGCAGUUGCGACAAAAACUAGAUCACUACAUGAUGCAUGUGACCGACUAGUACGUUUUAUACAUUGUUCAAGCUAGACAUUAUAUUUCUUCGUUUUUUCUGUAAAAGUUCUAGUUUCCAAAGAUCAGUACAUGUUUCAGACUCUUGUAAUCUUAUUUAGCUAAACAAGGGAGGUCCUUUGUAAUCCCUAUUUAUCUAUUGGAUUGUCUUUUUUGGUUGAUAUGAUGACGUGAAGUUGAAGAACAGAUAAUUAUCGCUUUUUACAAACUUUUUUGGUCCUCUUUGGAGCAUCAAGUCUCUCAUCCUGUAAAAUAUUAGUUUCCGAUGUUUUUGCUAGGUUUCAUCUAUCAUCAUCUUUACAGAGUAAUUGGCGAAUCUCAGUUCUUGUAGCAAAGGUCCACCCUGCCUCAUGCUAAGGAAAGAAUCGUUAUACUAGAGCAACACAAGCAGAUAACAGUCAUCAGAAUCAAUAUAACUUUUAUAAUGUUGCUGGAAUAUUUUGCUUCUUACACUUUUAUAAUCGGACAAGGCUUGUCUGGAGAAAAACUUGGGAUAUUCUAUUAAUAAUGUUGUUGGCUUGUGGGGUUAAAAUAACACGAGGAUGUUUUUACAUUACAUGCCUUUUUAUUUCGACAAUGAACGAAAGCAAUUUGCUACUUUCCAAGGACACUUUGUUGACUCUAUGAACUUUGUUGUUGCUUUCACAUUCGCUGACUCUAUGAGGAUAAGGAAUUUUUUUUGACCUUCGGUGACUAAUGGAACUUGUCGUGUAUUCAAGCCAGGGAAAAUAAUACAUCUGUACUAUAUCGUUCAGACCAGACAGACCUUGUCUGACCUACAUAAACAAGCGUCUUGCGCCCACACUCUUGGCACUUUAAGAGUACAACAGUAUUGAAGAAGGAAAUGGGGAGAAAGUGAAGUUGAGAGAAGAUGCAAGGGCAAAAGCUUGUAUCUGUCAGAAAAGUUCACUAGGAAUGGGGGCAUGUGAUGCCCACGGUGCAUUGCUGACGGAAAUCGUAUUUAUUAUUCAAUUAAUACUUUAUGUAUCAGGGAUUUGUCUGAUGUCUCUUUCUCUCUCCCUCUCUCCCUCCCUCUCUCUCUCUCUCUCUCUCUCUCUCAUACACACACACACACACACUGUGAUCUCUUCGUUAUCCCUUUCUUGUCUCUAUUUUCUCUAUAAAAAAAAAUUCCUUAUCUUUUUCCAUUUCCUCAUGAAUCUUCGCAUCAAGAAAUUCGUUCCUGAUCCUCUAUGUUUGUGAUAUGUGUAAUAAUCGGUUAUGGGCAGUUCAGAUCUUGACCCUGAUCCCUCUGUCCUGUCAUGAGAGACCUGCUACUACAUCAUGGUCUCUCUUUUGCAAAUGCCUACUUUCAAAGUGUAUCCUAAUUAAAAAGAAUUUUAAAGAUUGUAUGGCUCGAGUGUGAAGAUCUUCAAAACAUAAUUCUACUACUACUUAUGCAGGCCGUUUAACAGUUCGUUUUUGUGGUUUUAUUUUUCAUGAGAAACUUGGAAUUUUCCCUCCUUUGGUUAGCAUAUCCUAGUAGUGUCAUCAAAAUUUUGUGCCUUUUUUGUAAAUAUUUCAUAUUCUUAGUUAUGCUGAUUAUGUUGUUCUAAUUUAUUUUUAAUUGCAGUUGAUGGAGAAACAAAGACUUGUGGAGUUUGCAGAUGCGCUUCGAGUCAAACUCGAAUAUUUUGAUGAACUAGAGAAUGUUAGUUUUGAACGUCAUUUACUACUUAAUUGUGACACCACAGUGCAGUGUUAUUGAAUUUUGUCUGUUAACUUGCCAUCUUAGGAGUACCCCAAUGUGGAUUGUUUUGGCCGUAUAAUACCUGAUAAUGGCGUUAUUGUAUAUCUGAAAACCUCAGUAUUUUUUUUCUGUCCGUUUGUGGGUUUUCGGGAAUUCAUUCACGGAAAUUAUUUUAAUAAAUCGGCAAUGAAAACUUGUUGUUGAUCCCAAAUUUUUGGUUGAGAUAUUUGAGCAGUUUCUUCUCUACAUAUUUUUUUCUGUUUGUCUAUAAUUAGAAAAAUGAUUGUGUAAUAUGCAGGUUGCCAAGGCCUUCCAUUCUCCUAGUAUGAAUGUCGGGAAUGCAACUUUUCUUUCUUUGCUUAAACGACUUGACGAGUGCAUUUCGUAAGUAUAUUUAUUAAAGUAUUGUUUUUUUUCUGAAUUUCAUAUAUAGUUGUUUUUCUCCAUAGAAUCCCUUUUCAUGUGGUUCCAAAUAACAGACUUUCCAUGAUGUUUUCAUCUGUGAUAUUUUAGUGAAUGUUGUUUCUGUUGUCAAGCCUAGGUAUGUUGAGAAUAAUACAGAGUAUGCAGAAUCUGGUGUAUACCUCAUCAAGUUUCGACAGCAUCAGGUACUUAUUUAACAAAACUGUGUUGAACAUUUCGAUGCCCUUUGUGUUUAUUACAACUGUGCAUAGAUUCAUGUGACACAUAAUUUCUACAUUAACAAUUAAACUACGGUCUUCUUUACUUUUUUCCCCAACUUUUUGCAGUCUCGAGCAUUGGGGAUGAUAAAAAAUCAUGUGCUUUCUGUGCUUAAAAAUGCGUCUUUUCAGGUAUGCUUCUAAAAUAUCUCCAAGUUUUUCAAAAACUAUUCAUUGUGCUUGGUAGAUAUUUGCUAAGGAUUUCUGGCUUGAAUAUGCAGGCACAGUCUGCAAUCCAAGACAGCAGUUUGAGUGCAGCAAAUAUUUCGGAAGGUGUUGAAGCCUCAGUAAUUUAUGUUCGUUUCAAGGCUGCUUCUGGUGAGGUAGUUUCUGGCAUUGUGUUAGCCGUAACACAAAAUAUUGAGUUAAUUGUCUUCCUCAGGGAAAUGUUUGUAGUUGUAUGAUUUGUUGAGAUAAUUUUUUGAACGAAUAUAGUAGAAGUCCUUGAUCUAAUAACUGCCGUCACCUCUUUUUCACCCUGGUAUUGAUGAGUAGAAUUGCGAAUCAUUUUCAUGCUAACCUCUGAAUUUUUGUGUUAAUUUUCAUAAAAUAUUGAAUUUUUUUUGUUUUUCAGUUAAAGCCUGUGCUGGAGGAAAUCGAAGGUAGAUCUUCAAGGAAAGAAUAUGAAGAAGUUCUUUCAGAUUGUCAUCGGAUAUACUGUGAGCAGAGACUGUCAUUGGUGCGUAAUCAGUAAUUUGUCGUUUGUGGGUAGUAAAUUUCGUUUUAAACCAAGUGCUGAUCCAUGUGAGAUCACUAAUUAUCUGUGCGCAUUUAGAUAAAAAGCCUCGUACAGCAGCGGAUUUCUGAGUUUGCUAAAAAAGAAGCACUACCAUCAUUAACAAGAUCAGGUUGUGCUUACCUAAUACAGGUAGAUAUGGGUAUCUAACUUGAUUUUUUUUCUUUUCUUGGUUAGUUGGUUUCCGGCUACUUUUUUUGGUUUAAAAAGCUUCAAUCUUCUUAUUCUUCUAAUAUGCAUGUGGGAAAAUAAUAGGAAAUAAAAUGCUUUUUUCGUCGUCAUCACACUGAUUAAUAACCUUUAGCAUUUAUGGUUUCGUCUUAUACGGCAUAGAACCUAGGUAAUGCCCAUUUUAAUAGUUGAAGGGGCUCUAGUCAUCAUUAUGCAUACAGUUGCAAACAGUUGGGAAUAAAUUUCUCCAUUCAGGCCAAUAGAAAAUCGAAAUUCUGUUGUGCAAAACUUAAGGCUCAUAUUUAAAUUUAGUAGGGAAGUGGAAAAUAUGACUCAGAAUUUACCAUCUGUGUUUGAAAUUUUUUGAGGGCUUUAAUUUUGGAAUGAAAGAGUGAUUUAGUUUCAUGUGUUCUACAACUCUUAGGUUUGUCAACUUGAGCACCAGCUUUUUGAUCAUUUUUUUCCAUCUUCUUCAAAGGAAGGCUCGAGUAUGGCUGCUCUUAUGGAUCCACUGUGAGUUAAUUUUCCUGGUCUUAUUUUAGAUUUGUCUCUUGACUGUUGUGAAUCUUAUGGUUUUUUCUUUUGUUGCUCAUAUUUAAAACUGUAUUUUCUGGAGAAUUAAUUCUUUCGCUGGCAUUGCUCUAGAGUUAGUCAGUAUUGGUGCAUAUAUUAGAGGUAUGAAGCAUCUAGGGAUGACCAUUCUUUUCAUAGUUUGAAGACUUCUCUUAGGAUGGAUACUAUGUUUACUACACUAUUCUCAUGACUUUCUCGAAUGCACUUGGAAGAAAGUCAAUUACAAUUUAUCUCACUCAAUCCACUUCAGGAAAGUUGGUCCAAAUCGGAAAGAAUUUUUUUCUUAUCUUACAUUCUUUCUUCUUUCCAGCUGUGCUCUCCAGUAAGUUUACCCGUCAUUGUAUCAAAAAAUUAUAAUUAUGCUAACGGGCUUGUUAAUUUUCUCAGGUGCACACAUUUGUAUGACACUCUGCGUCCAAAAAUCGUUUAUGAAGCGAAUAUCGAUUCUCUUUGUGAACUUGUUGAUAUUCUUAAAGUGGAAAUGUUAGGAGAGCAGCUUAGCAGACGAACCGAGUCAUUAGCAGGGUUGCAUCCCAUAUUUAUAAGAAUUCUGGGCGAUGUUCAUGAGAGACUGGCUUUCCGCGCUCGGACAUAUAUUCAAGAUGAGGUAACAUGGAAAUUUUCUUUUCCUUUUUGGUUCUGUCUCAUAUUUAUCUUGGUAUCCUAAAUUUCGUUGAUUUAUUUUAUUAAGUUGUCGCUCCCCCAGGUAUUGUCAAAUAAAGUUUUAUCUCUAUUGGAUUUCUGUUGACAUGCUCCGAUGAAUAUUUGUCUGCUGAAUGCCCCUGAUAGGCUAGGAAGUUCUAAAAGAUUCUGCCGCGUGCUUUAGCUUUAGAUGAAUAACAUUUUUUUUCUGCUCGUGAAUGUGAAUAAAAUAGAUGGAGUGGAAAAAAAAUUGCUGUAUAAAAUCAGCUUUCCGGGGAAAAAAAAUGUAGUUACAUUGUGAUAUUUUGCAGAGUGCUAAGAUCUCCAUGUCUUUUGAGUGAUUUUAUUCGCAAAUGAUUUCUCUGGAUGAGAACUAUGCUAAGUUAUAGAUCCUCAUUUUUCUAUCUUUAGAUACGGAAGUACUUUCCAGUUGAUGAUGACCUGGAUUACCCUGCAAAACUGAAGAUACCUGCCGGGAUACAACCAGAAGCAGCCGUAAGUGAUUCUUCUUUUGGAAUUCGGAUUCUCCGCCCUUAUUUGAUGUGGUGCAAGAAAAUCUUAAAAUUUGACCUUUGUUUAAUCUGCUGAUUCCUGACCAUUCUUUUGAAUCUAUCCCUGUUCUGUUUGAGAUAACCAGUUAUGCUUUGAAGGAACCAGAUAACUUCGUGAUGAUUUGUGCCUCCUCUUUUUUCCAUAUGUUUUUCUUUUUCACUAAAUUUUUUCAAGGUUAAAGUCUAUCAGUCUAUUAUUUUUAUUCUCAUUUUAAGGCUGUGGACUAGCUAUCCUUUACGUAAGUGUUGGAAGGAAGGGUAUAAACAAAACUUCCUUGUGAGAUAACCUGGUAUUUGUAUUGUACAUUUACUAGUUUCAUUUAGUAUGGCUUCUUCUAGGUAUUUUACUUGUAGGUAUCUACAAAGUAAUUGUAGAAUUCAACUGUUGCAUGCUUCACCACCAUACAAGCUUGGACACAGUACCGUACAAGAAAAUCUCUCAAAAUAGUAACAAAAAACUGAUCAUAGGUGUCUUAUUAAAGAGAACUCUGCCUGCAGGUUACUGAAAACUCUAGCACGUUCGGAACUUGGUAUCCGUCUCUGGAGAAAACAGUUUCACUUUUAUCCAAGCUGUACCAACGUCUAGAACCUACAGUCUUUACUGGUUUAGCUCAGGUCAGGUGCAAGAUUUGUUACAAUUUCUCCUCACAUUUCUUUUUGGUAUGAAACAUUCCUAUACCAAAAUGUUGCUGACAUUCUUUCUGCAAUAUUUCCAGACAGCAGUGGAAGUUUGUUCCCAAUCUAUUCAGGUGCGUGUGAAACCUCAUCAUCUGUCGUUCCAUUUAUUCCAUCUAUGUCAUCUUUUAAUAUAUGUGAGUAAUUACUUUUUCGUUUCUUAUCCAUGCUUUCUACUUUGGUUACAGAAUGCUAGCAAACUUAUUGCUAAAAGAUCAUCCCCGAUGGAUGGACAGCUUUUCCUCAUAAAACAUUUACUCAUUUUAAGAGAACAGGUGGCUAAUUGUUCAUAUUUAUUUCUUCCAUUAUAUUCCUCAUUAUAUACAAGGUCUCUCAGUUUAAUAUCAUCAAGAUCAGCUGUUCUAACACGAAUCAAUAAUUUCUUCGAAUUUCAGAUUGCACCUUUUGACAUUGAGUUCGCUGUCACAUAUAAGGAGCUGGAUUUCUCUCAUCUUCUGGUUAGUUUUCUAUGGAAAAUCUCUGGCCCGUACUCCAUUAAUUUUCUCUUUAGUCUUCUGUUAUCAUUUCUACAUUAAUCUACUAGUCUGUUUAUUUCCUAAUGUCUGCUAAUGUCCUAACUGUUGGGCUGUGACAAAUGCGUUAGCUUUUACGUACCUGGGCUCUUUCUUUUUGAGCUCUUUUUUUGUUUUGGAUAUUCCGUCGAACUCAUAACCUGUUGACUAUGAUGGUUUAAGCUAUGCUUGUCCCAUUUUUUAUCCUAUAAUAACAUCAUUGAACAUGUAUUUUGAUUAAAACAGGUUUACUUUAUGAGUCCGACACAAAUGCUAGAUAUGAAAGUGUUCCCAACUUGGAUGCAUUGAAUGACUCAUUUGACUCCCACGUGCUAGAACUUGAUUGCAAUGCACGCCUGCUGUCGAGAUGUUUAACUCCCAUGUUGCAAGUAGUGGUUGAUUCAAUUGGAACCUUUCAGCCACUUUGCCAUGUUUUUGAUAAGUUUGUUCUCAGUGCUAAAAAUAGACAUUUGGAUUCCAUAUUAGUUUCUGAUACUUGUCUUAUGUUUGAUCACUUUCUGAUGUAGUAGACUAGUUGAACAGCUUGGGUGGUGUGGUGUUGGUGCACGUUUGUGUGAGGCAUGUGGGCUUGGUCCACCAGAAAGAACCUCUCCAGGGCCACACUUUUACCCAGCAAGAAUAAGGCCACCUGAAAAGUACUGUGCCUAUGACCUGUGUAUUAGAGUUGUGAGAAGGGAGAGUCAACCGCUGCUGGUGUUCACACCCCGACAAGAUGCUAUCGGUGAAGAGAGGUGCAUCUCCAAGCUGGAAUUAAACAUCAGUGAUACACAAACGGUGUAGUAGAAGAGAAAAAGCAGGACAGAAAAAUAGGUUUCGGCAUUAGGAAGGCCAUGUGGCCAUCCAAAACCUCCUGCAGCUUUGGUGCAAGUAGUUGACUUUUCACUCCCUUUGCAGUGAGAAAGCAUGGGACGUCAAAUAUAUAUUUAUGCCUCAAGUAGGUUAGUCAACUUAUUCCUAAUUGGCAAAUUAAUCUUGCAGGAGCACCUGAGAAGAAUACUGAGAGGCCAAGCGUCGGUAUUCAACUGGCCAAAUUCUACGUCCUUGGCAAGAACUUUAUCACCGCGUGUUCUGGAGAGUCAGAUAGAUGCUAAGAAGGUGAGACCCUACAUUUCCUUCAAUUUCUUAGUUUAUUAGCCUAAUGUUGAAUAAAUUAACUUGGGGUUUAAUUAUGCAAGCUACUCCAGUCUGUUCUUGCUGUUGCAUUCUAUCGUAGAGGCUCACUUAGAAAACAUUACUCCAGCAUAUAUUUUCGUUUUGAAAUAUCUUCUCUGACACAAAUAUUCUCGCUGUAAGAGCAAAAAGUCAACCAUGUUGCUCCAAGUAAGUAUAGGGAGAAAGUAAAUGCAUGGAAUGAUAUCCUAACCUGGGAUUAUAGACAAUCAAAUCAUACCAGAUCUCCAUCUCCUUUUCUUCUGAGCUCAGAUCAUUUACAGCGAUUUUUUCUAUUUAGAUGAUGAUGAUGCCAUGGAUGCAUUACGUCCUAUCUGAUGAGGCCUUUUCCCAUCUAGCUUCAGCUAGCUUGGGGCUCAUACCCGGAAUAGAAAAGAUUUGGCAUAAUUAUCAAUGCCAAAAUUACUCAAAACUUCAGUGAUUGGUCUUAGAAGAGCGCCUCUUGAUGAUAACCUAAGAACAGUUGUGUGCAAUCUUGAGCAGUCCUAAUCAUUCAUCUCAGAUAUACCAUAAACAAUUAGAAAAUUAAUGGCCCCACUCUUUUGCUGACCAAGCUUUCGUUCUACUUCUGAUACUAAUACCAUUCUGCAAUGCAAUUGAAUCCUCCACGGCAUCACGCAAUUUUCGAUUGAUGGAAAAUAAUCGAUCAUUCAAGAAGGGUCUCUUCCCAAUAAUUAUCCUCUGAAAUAUUUUAUUAUGUAAUUUCAUGGAGCAAAGCAAAGCAGUUGACCUUCGGUUUUUCCUCUGCCACUUUUUUUUUUUUUUUACUGUGAUAAAAAUAAAUAAACAACUAACUGGGGGAUAUUCCCACCUCUUGUCUUGAUGUAGGAACUCGAGAAGAUUCUAAAAACGACUUGCGAAGAAUUCAUCAUGUCUGUCACAAAGCUGGUCGUCGAACCCUUGCUUUCAUUUGUUGCCAAGGUAUCAUGAAUUUUCCUCUUUUUUCUUUUUUUUUUUGGAGACCAAUUAUCUUAAAUAUCCCAUCAUAUUAGAAAGAUGCAUUCGAUCUUUUCCUCUAGCCCAUUCAAAAAGAAUAAUAUCAUGCAUUUUGCCAAGGUCAAGCUUCGCAAUAUAAUGUGUUCUUGAGCGGCCAGUGAUUUCUGAAUUAAAAAAAAAUAAAAAUAGAAAUUCAUCGGCCGAACAUAUUUUUUCGGGGCAGGCGUCGGCUGUGAAGGUCGCAUUAUCCACGAGCAGCCCGGAGGGGAAAUCGGACUCCAUUCUGGCGAAGCCACUCAAGAGCCAGGCCUUCGCGACGCCCGACAAAGUCGCUGAGCUGAUUCAGAAGGUUCGUCACUCGAAAAAUAUCACCAUUUUUCAACGCUGGAAAAGGUCAACCUUCCGAACACCCCAACACCCUCUUGACCUUCUUCUCUCUUUGGACAGGUUGGAGCAGCCAUCGAGGAAGAUCUUCGUAGAGCGAUCGAGAAGCUGAAGCUGUACCUCGUGAAUCCCCCCACUCAGAUGAUCCUCUUCAAACCCAUCAGGUAACAAACCUUGGCCUAGUAGAAAUAUCUCUUAUGUUCUUAUUUAUUUAUUUACUUAUUGCCACCUGUCCAUCCGACGAUCGCCCACGUGGCGGAUUUGCUCGUGUCACUCGGCAGGACCAACAUCGUGGAGGCGCAUCUGCAGCUGCAGUCCCUGCUGAAGGCCGAGUACUCCGAGGAGGAGAUCCAGGGGGUGGCCUUGCCGCCCAUCUCCCAUCUCGAAGCCCAGCUCGACCAGCUUCUCUAG